GUCAACACUCGUCCGCCACACUCUGUCGUGCGCACAAUAACAACACACUACGCUCCUCCACAUCACCGACACAAGUCACCGUUCGCGACAACACCCGCAACAACACCCGCAUCCGUAGUAACAAUGAACUGCAAAGUUUUGAUCGCUCUGUGCUGCGUGGCCGUGUACGCCGCACAGGCCAAUCCCGCCGGUGUGGCCACCGCCACCGCCGCCGACGACGAGAUCAAGGACUUCCCGGCCUACAUGAAAAGGUUCGAAAAGCUCAACGUGGAACAGGUGCUGAACAAUGACCGCGUCCUGGCCAGCCAUCUCAAGUGUUUCCUCAACGAGGGUCCGUGUGUCCAGCAGUCCAGGGAUUUGAAGAGAGUCAUCCCGGUGAUCGCCAACAACAGCUGUAACGGAUGCACAGAAAAGCAAAAGACCACCAUCAAGAAGACGCUGAACUUCUUGAGGACGAAGAAGCCCGACGAAUGGGCUAGACUCGUCAAGAUCUACGACCCGACCGGCACCAAGUUGAACAAAUUCCUCGACGCGUAAAGGCUCUGACUAUAAUAUUAUAUUAUGACAAAUGACAAUAUACUAUAGCAAAAUAAUAUAUUAUUAUUCCGCGCGUGUGCGACGUCUGACAAUAAUAUGUCGAUCGUGAUAAUGUUAUGUUUCACACGCGCGUUUAUUAGUUUUUACGUGUACACUUACACACAAGAUUUCGCUCGCUAUUGCAAUGUGAAAAUCGUAUAUUUAUAAGUUUUAUAUAUUAAUUUAUUAAAUCGAUUAUACUGUUUUGAAAAUUAUAAAAAAACAAUCUCAAUUAA